UUUCGCCUCUAGGCCAUUCUCGAGAGGCGCGCGCGCCAAAGCGGUAUGUCCAGAUCUCACGUCUUCAAUUUAACCAAUACGCGUGCGCGAACCUGCUUUCCCGGGAACUUUUCCGAAUCCUGCCACGUGACACCAGCCACGUGACUUUUCGCGAACGUCAUCAUCAAAGAAUAUCGCGGAUGUGCCUUUGGACUUUCCCCAGUGCCGAAAUCCAUCAUCAAAACUUAUCGACAUCGGUAUGUGGAUGUUGAAAUAUCGGAGCAUUCGCGCACGAAUUGAAGGACAUUCGCGAAAGUCGUUAGUGAAGUGUAUUCAACAAUUGCCAUUCAACAAUUUCCCCUCUUCCUUAUUAUCUCCUAAAAAAAACUACAUGCCACCUAAAAACUUGAAGGCACCUCGAAUGUAGGUGCACAUCAGCAAAAGUCUGAAAAUCAGCUAUGUCGGUACUCGAGGGGAGCGAGGUUGAUAGAGCCACAAUGUCCCCAUUGGACGAAGUUGCGUCUCCGACUAGCGUCGGCUCCGAACUGAUGGUUACGGACAUGUUAGAUGAGCAUGAUUCUGAUUUGAGUGAUCAUAGAAAUGGAAAAAGCAAGAGGAGCACUGAUGGAGAGGGUCUCAGUCCAAGAAAACUUCCUUCCUUGUCCAGUAAUAAUAAUGACGUUGGAUUUGUUCUCGAAGAAAGCGGUCAAGAUGCUCUACACGAGGAUGUAGACAAUGACCGUCUAACGGGCCAUGGUGGAAUUUCCUCGCUGGGCGGUGGAAAUUCGUCGCCCUAUUCCGGUGGUCAUCACCAUGGACAUCGGGGCAAUGGUAACGGAGGUGGCAUGCCCCAUCACGGAGGAGCCUCCUUACCAACAGCUUCAGAUUUCCAGCCACCUUACUUCCCGCCCCCGUUCCCGUCCCACCAUCACGCACCAGCGAGUCCCCAGCAUCCGGGACUCGCACAACCCCAACACCUGGAUUACCUCGUCGGUGAUCCCUACACCCAAACCCUCAACACCCUUCAUCAACAUCACUACAACCACUUGAGUGCGGCAGUUACCGCGGGCCAAAGGAGCGGGGAUCUCAGGAGGGACGCUGAAGGCAUUCACGUGACAAAUAUGCACGCGUCGUUUCCUUACGAUGGUGGGCGAAAUAGUGGAGGAGGUGGCGGUGGUGGUGGCGGAAGAGGCGUUGAAUACGGUGCCGUUCGACGUCCCGACGCACUUCUUCCACCCCCAGGUCUAGAUCAGACUGACCUUGUACUUCACACAAGUCUCGUUGAUGACCCCCAGGUGAGCGACGAUAACACAAAUGUCGACGAUGGGGGCUUCAUGAACGACUUACCGCUUCUAAAAAAUAUGAAACCAUCGGACAGGGGUGACAAGGCAAUGUUAACAGGGAAUGCACAACCUUCGGACGUUUUUUGUUCGGUGCCUGGAAGGUUAUCGUUAUUAAGCAGCACCAGCAAGUACAAAGUGACAGUGGCGGAGGUUCAAAGACGAUUAUCACCGCCGGAGUGCUUGAACGCGAGUCUCCUCGGCGGAGUGUUGCGGAGAGCGAAAUCAAAAAAUGGCGGCCGACUUCUGAGGGAAAAAUUGGAGAAAAUUGGUCUUAAUUUACCAGCCGGAAGGAGGAAGGCUGCCAACGUUACGCUAUUAACAUCCUUGGUAGAAGGAGAGGCUAUUCACCUAGCCAGAGACUUUGGAUAUGUUUGUGAAACGGAAUUUCCAGCGAAGCAAGUUGCCGAAUACCUUAGUCGACAGCAUUGCGAACCACAGGAUUCUUAUAGGAGAAAAGAACUUCUUCAUGCCACCAAGCAAAUCAUCAAAGAGGUGAUGGACCUUCUGAAUCAAGACCGAUCACCCUUGUGUAAUACACGGCCACAACAUAUUCUUGAUCCAAGUAUACAGAGACAUCUCACACAUUUUUCUCUUAUAUCACAUGGAUUUGGAAGUCCUGCAAUUGUUGCUGUCCUCACAGCGAUACAGAAGUUCCUGAGCGAAUCUCUAAAUCAUAUGGAGAAAAUGUAUCCAGGAAAUGGCAGUGGCGUAACCAGCAGUCAGCAAUCGAGUCUAGAUGCAAAUAAAAAUAAGGACGGAUCAUUAAUGAAUGACAUGAAAAAGUGACGCCCAGAUGAUCCGCCUACCUCCAACGUGGUCACGUCAAUCAGACAUUCCUGGCCCUAUAAUUGAACCUUCGCUCGUCGCGUCGUCACGACAAGCUUACUCUAUCAGUGGACCACGUGCAAUUGUGCACUUUUCACAACAAAAAAAAAAAAAAAGAAAAAGGUGCACGUGCGUAUUCACGCGAAUAUGUAUACGCAAAUCCUGUAGUUGAGGUUGGCUGGUCAAAAAUAUUAUCUGUAUAUGAUUAGGAACUCAAAUCAGAACUUCAAAGACGAAAACGAAUCAAUAGACGCGUAGGUCUAAAUAUCAGAAGUGUCUUUUAAUUUCUCUACUUUUUCUCGUUUGUUAAAAUUCACUUCAAUGAUCUCAUCGAGAGUUGAGGAUGUUACAAAGUCAGUCAAGUAAAGAGAGACAAAAAUUUUUAAAAUACAGAAAUAAAUUAUUUUCGACUGAUUGAUGACUGAUUCUCAUCAAUAAAAAAAUUUCGACCCAACUGACUCAGAAUUUUUCCGCGAUUUUUCAUUUUUUGACUCUCGACAAUAGUUGUCGCGAAUUUACGGUUCUUAGGCGACUGCGUCUGAUUUUUCGAAAAUUCUGUAAUUUCGUCUCGAAUGUGUAAUACUGUGAAUAAUGUUUCUCAAAUUCGUUGUGUCAUAUCUGUACAAUAAUUGUUAAGUACUUAUUAAACAUAUAAAUUGGCAAAAGAAAAAAAAAUGAAAAUGUCUUUCGAGGCACGAGCAUUUUUUUCUUAAAAAAAAAUAUAAAUGUGGAAUAUCUUAAAAUAAAUUAAGUUAUACAAACAUCGACGAAAUCUUCCCAAAACAAAUCUUCCAGUAGUCGUGCCAAUACGAAACUUGCCAUUUGUUAUGUGCCAAUUUUAAAAAAACAAAAACUUCGAAUAUCAUAAUUAGGGGAAAAGCAAUGAAACCUUGAGAAUUUUGUCGAUGCGAAAUGAUGACUCUAGAGGGGAGAAAAAUAAAAACACACAUUCACAUAAAUAAAAAAAA